GUCAUCAUGGUCUCCCCUGAAAACACCAAAUGAAGAUCAAAGGCGCAGCCUUAAAGUUCCAAUUUUUUUCUAUUCUGUGACGUGACUCUUGAAUAAGCAGUGAGCUUUCUGGCCGGAUAGCAUAGUAGAUCAGGCCAUUACGUCAAAAAAAAAAAGUCAAAUGUUGCAUGUCGUAUACGUCUAACUGAUUUGGGCGCCAUGAAAUUUUUAGGCUGUUGAUGUUUUGUUUAAAUAAGAAAGUUCAGAAUACUUGUUUAUAGUUUCAAACUCCUAAUUUCAAUUAAUAACGAAUAUACAUUCAUAAACUAAUUAUUUUGGUACUACAACAUAUAUGGUAAUAUUUGUUUGGUCAAACAAAGAUGAAGAAAUCUAAUUUCAAAGUUGGUGAUAAAGUUUUCGCUAAAGUAAAAGGAUACCCUCCGUGGCCUGCACACAUUGUAGCAGAAAAUGGAAAGAAAUUUAAUGUUGAAUUUUAUGGAACCAAAGAAACAGGUGUAAUCAAAAUUGAAGAUCUUUCCUAUUACACCAAAAAUAAAGAAAAAUUUCAAAAGCCCUUGAAGCGUAAGGAUUACGUUGACGCCUUUGAACAGAUAGAAGCUGCCAUAUUGGAAGAUGGAGGUGAUGGAGAUGAAAAUCCUGAUACUAAUGACUCUAUAUCUAAUAUUUCUAUGAACUCUUCAAUCCCUCUCAAUGUAUCAGCAAAAGAAAAAAAAACUUUGAAAAAAGAUAAACCAACAACAAAAUCUUCAGACUCAAAUGAAUCAAUUAGCGACAAAAAUGAAGCAUCUCAGAAUGAAGUUGAAACUCCUGCCAGUACACCGAAAGACAAAAAAUCUACUAAAAGAGAUCGAUCUGUUUCUGGAAAACCUACAGAAGGUUCACCUGCAAAAAAAUCUGCCCGUUUAUCAAAACCAGAUGAAGGAUCCAUUACCUCUGAAGAAAAUGAAACGAUGGAAGCUGAACUAGCUACUCCAGUAAAAAAAUCUCCUCGAAAUCAAAAGCUAAAGAAGGAGAAAGAAAAGGAUACUGAUAAUGAAGAGUCGUCAAAGGCCAAAGAAUUUGAGUUUGUUCCAAUAGGAUCUAAAACAGUUGAAAACAAAGAGGAUCUUGACAAAAAGGAAAUUCAGGAAAAAAUGGAAGAAAAGGCUGAAUCUCUAGAUUUCAAAAUAGGAAUUGUUUCCGAAAAGUAUCUAAAGAAUAAUAUUACUUACGCCAAUCAUAUCAAGGAAUUUGAAUCAAUUUAUAAAGAGAAACCUGUGGAACCUAGAGAGGAUUUUAUUAGUCAAGUCUUACCUGUCAAACUCCCCUCUGGCGUGAUGGGCGGUAUCAAACUUCAUUUAAAUUGGCCAAUCAAGUUUACAAAUGAAUAUGAACGUGCCUUGUACGACGAAACCGUUGCUACGCGUGUUUUAGAUGCUAAGUCAAAAAUUUUUGCUGGCGAUAUGACUAUAGUGAACAACCAUGAAUUGUUUAUUCCCAAUAUCGAGCAAACAGCAGAAGACAUCAAACAUUCUCUGUAUAUGAAAGAAAUCGAGGCAAAAAAGUUCAGAAUUGAUAGGUUGAAACUAGAAGCAGACCUUGUUGAUCUGGACGUGAAGAUAAAGAAUUGUUUGGGGUUAGACAAGGCUAAUCCGAAGGAAGCCUUGGGUUAUUUGGAAAAAAUGUGCCAGAUUGGAUUUGACGAUGUAAUGCUGAAAAAACAUUUGCAUAUUGUUGAGAUGGUGAGAAGACUGCGCAAGUAUGUUGGAAAUACAAAGGAAUGGAACAUGUCUGACGAAUCUUUGACUGAAUUUUCAAGUCAGGCUGAAAAAGUUAGGGCUAUGGCCGAAAAUGUUUAUGCAAAGUUCAAGAAAGUGGUAAAGUUACCUGAAAAUUCAACUAGUUUCUUCGAUGGAUUCACUGAAUUGGCUAGUCAGUUUAGGGCAGACUGUAAGGACCUGGAUUUAACCGAGGCAGAAGUCUUUGUGCUGUGCACAGAGCCAAGGUCUCGCAAAGCCUUCCUUGAUCGCCUAGAGGAAAAGGAAACUGAAAAGGAGAAUUCCAGUGGAGUUGCAAACAAUGAACAAGAUACAUCUAUCAAUGGAACAUCUGAAAUACCAGCAGAGGAAAGCUAAAAUUUGCACAAUUUUUUAUUAUCUGAUACUAAUUUUGUACAUAACUAUGAAUUGUGUUGGUGUCUAUUCGUCAUAUGUUUAUUCUCCUUUUUAAACAUAUCUUUUACUAGAUGUCAUUUUUGAAACAACUUGUUUGAUUUAGCAUAAAUUUAUUGAUCAGUUUUUUUUUUAAUAAAAAAGGAUGAUUA